GGCGCGGAGGAGCGACCGGCGGUGAUGCAGCCGAUCAUGCCGCCGCCGCCGGCGUGCCGCGCACUCCUGGCCACGGCCCUGGGCCUCGCCGGCCGCCAUCGGCUUCCCUGUCACCGCGCUCCGUUGGCGGCGCGGCUCAGUUCGGGCGCAGGGGGCGAGGUGGAGGCCGCGGGGAGCGGCGAGGCCGGCGGAGUGCUGCGGCAUCUGCUGCUGAAGCUGCGCGCCACCGGGCCGGUGACGGUGGCGGAGUACAUGCGGGAAGCGCUCACCAACCCCGGGCAGGGCUACUACACGCGGCGGGGCGGCGUCGGAGAGGACUUCAUCACCUCGCCGGAGAUCAGCCAGAUAUUUGGAGAGUUAAUAGGAAUAUGGUACAUUAGUGAGUGGAUGGCCAUGGGUAAACAGAAUGCGUUCCAGCUGGUGGAACUGGGCCCAGGGAUGGGCACCCUCACAGGCGAUAUAUUGCGGGUCUUCAACCAGCUUGCCUCUUUGCUUAGUAAAUGUGAUGUCUCUAUUCAUCUGGUAGAAGUGAGUCCUAAACUCAGUGCGAUCCAAGCAGAGAUGCUGACGGGAGGAAAGGUACAGUCAAACCCUGAGAACAAAUCUGCCUACAUGAAAGGCAUUAGCAAGACUGGAAUUCCCAUUUACUGGUACAGAGACAUUCAGGAUGUACCACAAGGUUACAGCUUUUACUUAGCGCAUGAGUUUUUGGAUGCCCUGCCAAUACAUAAGUUUCAGAGAACAGAGAAAGGCUGGCAUGAAGUGUUGGUUGAUAUAGAUCCAGAAGUCCCUGACCAGCUGCGCUUUGUCCUCUCACCAUCCAGGACCCCUGCAACAGAAAACUUUAUUCAGCCUGAAGAAACACGAGAUCAUGUGGAAGUAUGUCCUGAGGCUGGCGUCCUCAUCCAGAGGCUUGCCUGUCGUAUAGAAAAGGAUGGUGGGGCUGCACUGAUUGCUGAUUAUGGUCACGAUGGAACCAAAACUGAUACUUUCCGGGGUUUCCGGAAUCACAAACUUCAUGAUGUACUGAAAGCCCCAGGUACAGCAGACCUGACAGCAGAUGUCGAUUUCAGCUAUCUUCGAAAGAUGGCAGAGGGAAGAACAGCAACACUGGGCCCCAUAAAACAACGGGAGUUCUUAAAAAACAUGGGCAUUGACCUCCGAUUGCAGGUGCUCUUGCAGCAUUCACGCGACUCAGCAACUCACGAACAAUUGCUCCACAGCUUUGAUAUGUUGAUGAACCCUAAGAAAAUGGGAGACUGUUUUCAUUUUUUUGCCUUACUGCCUCAUCACAGAGUUGUACGUCCUACCAAGAAAGAUAAUCCACAAUCCAAGUCUCCCCUACCACCUGUUGCUGGAUUUGGUGAACUCUCACUGAAGUAAGUUCAGUCACAAAUAAUUUCAAUUACUGUACCAAAACGUGUAACAGUGGUAGCUUUCAGCAGCAACCUAUGAAAUAAAAAAAAAAAAUAAGGUUAAAGCAA